AUGGCAGAUCGCUCAUCUAAUGGGUACAAAGAAGUACCGGUGCGCAACUCCGAAGAAUCAACCAUCGCCGAAGAAGAAAAAGACACAUUAUUAGAGGAUCGCUCGUAUUCGAGACGAGACAGGAAACGGCCCUGCUCGAAAGCUGUCUGGACUCUCAUUGCGCUGCUCUUAUUGUCGAAUAUCGGGCUGUUGGGAGGCCUCAUCCAUUACUUCCGACAAACGCAUCACAAGGAAAAGGAUGUUCCUUGGUUACCCCCGAAGACAGGUUUGGGUUCCAUUCUUCUUUUCCAGAUCAAUGCAGUCAAAUUAAUGAUGUUACCUGUCAGCCCCAACUCGAAAGCUUUUCGUUUUUCAGACGUUUACAUGACCCGAGAGGGCUAUUACGCCGCUCGAGAAGGAAACCUCGACCAAGUAAAUGCAGCGCAUCUCAUGCAUUGCUGGGACUACCUGAGACAGGCUGUCAUGUGUCACGCGGACACGACUCUAGAAUGGAUUCCUGCGCCUCCGAAUGAUAAGGGAAGUACGGGAUGGGGCUUUGAGCAUACAUGUGGUGAUUUCGAUGCUAUUGCUCGAUGGGCCGAGGACAAUAGGUUGAAGACGACGCAUGGGAUUCAUUAA